AUGAGAAUAGUGGCGACUCAAUGUCUCUUGUCAUGUCUGCUAAUUUUGUUGUCGAAUUUCAAUCUCGUCCAAGCUGAAAGUAAGAAGAAGCUUCGACGAGGCAGUGUCAAUGAAAAUGACGAGAUUGAGGACAUGUCCUCAUCGGAUACAACCACGGGUGAUGAAAGUCUUGGUACAACCACAAGAUCUCUGUCCUACAGCACAAUGACGGACGCGGAAAUCUUUGCUCUCCAAAAGACGCCGCCCUAUCCAUUGGGCAAUUCUAAAUGUGGUUAUUCGUCGCCGAAGCAGCAUCCCGGCUGUACUCGGGGGGUCGCUUCCAGCCCACAACCAACGCCCCCGCUGCCGACUACAAGUCUUCCAAAAUUGCCAACGGAUGCUCCGGCGUCUUCUGCUCCCAGUAUAUCUCCUAGCAUGGUACCUACGACAUCAGAACCAACCGUAUUUGUCCCAAGCUCCUCUCCUACGGCAGUCCCAACAAAACUAGCCGAUCGGCCAUUGAAUUGUGUCCAAGCAGUUCAGGGAGAGGAACUGACGAUUUCAUCCACAGCGACAUUCCGCCAAGGCGAGGUCCACUGUUUGUCAGUCGACGGCCAAGAAGCCUACUUUGGAUAUACUUGGACCAACCAGUUUGGUUUGUUUGUCAAUGGUGAAACUGUUUGGACUGCACCCGAGGAUCAAGUGAAUGCUUCCUUUGAGCGGUGGUCCUUGCAAGGGGACGGCAACCUGGUCUUGCGAGAUUCCAACAACAAUGCGAUCUGGAGGACGGGGACCUGUUGUCACAAUGGCAGCCAACUCAAGGUGUCGAUGGAACGAGUGUGGAUCGAAAGCAGCCGAGGAUCGCAAUUGUGGUCCGAACCAUUCUUUGUGACGCAGACCCCGUCACUGACACCGACCUCUCAGCCUACUGGCCCUCCAACGCCUACACCGACAUUGGCCCCGUCAUUGUCACCGACCCCUCUCCCCACUGGCCUUCCCACGCCUCCGCCGACUCCAUCUCCAACUGUGGAACCUCCACCAACGCCGCCACCGACUACUCCUCCCACUUUCGAAAAACCCGACCCCUACAGUGGCCUACAAUAUUAUGCCUACUAUUAUCCCUGGUACAUUCGCAACGACUGGUCCCGACACGGCUACCAGGACGAGCCUCUGCUUGGAAAAUAUGGAACAGACGAAGUUGCCGUCGCCGAGCAACACAUUCAAUGGGCUCUGGAGACGGGCAUUUCGUCCUGGGUGGUUUCUUGGUGGGGGGCAGACCGCUUGGCCAUGAAGCAUUUCAAAAAGGGCAUGAUGAAUGCCCCUUCCCUCAACAAGAUCAAGUUUUGCAUGCUGUACGAAAGUAUGAUCUUGGAAGGUCGCGGUAAUUGGUACGAUGGAUCCAAGGAAGAAGCUUUGUUUCAACAUCUCAAGACGAUUCGUGAUGAGUUCUUUGAUCAUCCUUCGUAUUUGAAGAUCAAUGGUCGACCUGUCAUCAUCUUUUACAUUACAAGAUCUCGUAUGAUGUUUCAAACUGGAUUCGAUGGUCCCUCCAUCCUGGCCAAUAUGCGCCGCAGAUUGGGCUACGACAUUUAUUUCAUUGCCGAUGAACCGUUCUUUGAUCCGUACAAUAAGAGACCGGAUGGUAAUGAAAAUGCUUUCAAGGAUGGAAAGCAGGUCUUUGAUGCCUACACCACCUACAAUAUGUUCAUCGAUAGCAAAGUUCGACCGGGAGAGACGGCAACGGAUUAUCAAUUGCGGGAAGGCAUGCCCAUUUGGCAAGAAUGGGCCAAAAAAGUGCCAAUGUUUCCCAACGUCAUGGCGCAAUACUAUGACUUUCGUGGGCACAAACCACUCUUGGGGAACUCGGAUGCUUUCAUGAGACAACUACGCGAAGUGGCGUGUUUGCCGCGGACCAAUUUUAAUGGGGCGCCUCAUAUCAUGUUCAUUACCUCCUUCAACGAAUGGUGGGAAGGGACUCAAAUUGGACCCGAAAACGGCUCUUCCAACAAUUGGAACAACUAUGGAUUCCAAUUCAUGGAGACACUGGCGGAGUUCAAAAUGGAAAUCGAUUCUCGUGGAAGCUAUUGGUGCUGA